AUGCCGCGCUCCUUCCUCGUCAAGAAGAUCAAAGCCGACGCUUUCCAGCCCGGCCCGGUCCCGGCUCCGACUUACCACCCGCUGGAAACUUCCUACGACGAGCUGGCGGGACCCUUGGCGGCCAGCGGCGGCGACCCCGGGGUGGAAAAUGGAUACCUCCAAGCCUGCCUUACGUCUCCCGGCUACAAGAAUGAAAAGAAGCGCGGCCUCCACCUGCCCUCUCCGGACCCCGUGUACACCCCCCUCCCCGAGGACUACAGCGACCCCGAGAGCCCCCAGUCCAGCCUUUCGGCCCACUACUUCAACGGCGAGGCCGCGGUCACGGAGAGCUACUCGAUGGAUGCCUUCUUCAUCACGGACGGGCGGUCGCGGCGGCGGGGCGGGGACCGACGGCGCGGCCGCCGCCACCGCCACGCCUGCAGCGAGUGCGGCAAGACCUACGCCACCUCCUCCAACCUGAGCCGGCACAAGCAGACGCACCGCAGCCUGGACAGCAAGAUGGCCCGCAAGUGCCCGACCUGCAGCAAGGCCUACGUCUCCAUGCCGGCCCUGGCCAUGCACGUCCUGACCCACAACCUCAAGCACAAGUGCGACGUGUGCGGCAAGGCCUUCAGCCGCCCCUGGCUCCUGCAGGGACACAUGCGCUCCCACACGGGCGAGAAGCCCUUCGGCUGCUCCCACUGCGGGAAGGCCUUCGCCGACCGCUCCAACCUGCGCGCCCACAUGCAGACCCACUCGGCCUUCAAGCACUACAAGUGCAAGCAGUGCGACAAGACCUUCGCCCUCAAGUCGUACCUCAACAAGCACUACGAGUCGGCCUGCUUCAAGGGGGCCGAGGAGCAGCACGCCUGCGCCGGGGACAAUUGA